AUGUUAAGGAGACAAGGUCUGUUAAGGGAAGGACUGAGGGAUACAAAUAGCGCUUUGACGAAUGGAAAGAAGUCGGCUGAACUGAUAAAUAAACUCAUGAAUGAAGCUGACGAGGCACCUAAGCCUGUCCAGCAUACUUUCAUGACGAUCUGGAGCAUAUUAAAAAGCCGCUUUAAAUCAGGAUCUAAGAAUUUCCACCGAGCAACAAACCUCCAGUACUACUACAGUGGAUUCUUGGAUUUUGGUUGUCCUUACAGUACAAGUGGUAAUGUUGAAAUUCAAAAGUUCGACUACAAACAGCCAAUGAAAGAAAAUCCAGAAUUCGUAUGUACUCUCGCUCACGAUGGUUGCCAUAAUGAUGACAAUUGUCAUUACGUAAUUGGCGUCAAAUGUGCUUGCAAAGGAAAAACGUGCGUCCGCUACCAUUCGGAAAAACAAAUAACAGGUCAUAUCAAACAAAUGGCAUACAUCAACAACCACACCUGGAUGUGGGAAGGAUGCGGUUGGAAAAAGUUGUGGAUUGAGUGUGGUUGCUACAAUAAAGAUCGCAAUGAACGGAAGGUUGUGUGGUCCUUACCAAUUACGUCCAAAGAUGCUGGUAAACAUAAAGUACCUAGCAACGCAACCUACGACGAGGCAAAGGAUCCUGUUACAGGUCAAGCGAGAGGGAUGCCAACACCUUACACAGCUGAAGAUGCCGCUAAGCACUCAACACCCGGCAAAACCAAGAACCACGCAGCAAAACAUCCAAUUCCAAUUCAACGGGAGGAAGAAGAAGAGGAAAUGUGA